AUGGCCACUUCAAAAGCAUAUGCCAUCAUCGCAGGCGUCGGACCCGGAACUGGCGCAGCAAUCGCGAAGAAGUUCGCCCAAGCAUACUCCGUGGUUCUGCUCGCCCGCAGCACCAGCAGCUACUCGUCGUUGGAGAAAGAGAUCAACGACAGUGGCGGCGACGCGUUCGGUGUAUCGACAGACGUCAGCUCGCCGGACAGUAUCAACAAUGUCCUCCAGGAGAUUGAUGCCAAGUUUGGUGCGGAUUCUACCUGUGCGGCUGCGAUAUUCAACGCCGCUGGGAAACUCACGAUCAAACCGUUCCUUGAGCAGACCGAGGAGGCUUUCCUUGCUCCCUUCAACGUGAACUGCAUAGGCGGCUUCCACUUCAGCCAAGCCGUGCUGCCUCUCCUCCUCAAAGCGACCAAUCACAGCACCACGCACCCGCCCACACUGAUCUUCACGGGCGCGACCGCGUCCCUCAAAGCAUCCGCGAACUUCUCCUCCUUCGCCGUCAGCAAGUUCGCGACCCGCGCGCUCGUCCAGUCGCUCACGCGCGAGUUCGGCCCCAAGGGCAUCCACGUCGCGCACGCCAUCAUCGACGGCAUCAUCGACACCCCCGGCACCGCGGACUUCAUGAAGGAUGCCGGCCCGGACGCGAAGAUCAGUCCCGAGACGAUUGCAGAAACGUAUUGGUAUCUCCAUACCCAGCCGAAAUCGGGCUUCACGAAUGAGUUGGAGAUCAGGCCGAGCGCCGAGAAGUGGUGA